AUGACCAGAAAGAAAUUCGGAAAACCUGUCCGAGGAGGGGGAAAAUGUUUUUCUACAGAAUUAAUGUUAAAUCAAGAUGGGACAUUACAAACAGAUACAACUCCUAAAACAUGGAGAGAAAUCGAGGAAACAUCAAGCGAUUCAGAAGAUUCCGGAAAAAAUACUAGCGAUUCUGAUAUAUCUAAUUCAGAGAAUCAAUCAUCCUUUUUUAAGCGAGAAAAAAAGGAAUCAAAAAGUUCAUCUCAACCUAUUAUUGAAGUUCAAAAUCCAAACCGUGUAAAAAAACAGAAUUUCAAGCCUUCUGAUCUUUCAAAACAAGAAUUCCAAGAAUUAAGUCGAAAAGAUCGCGAUGCUCUUGAAAAAAGAAUAGCAAAAGAACGAUAUGAAAAACUUCAUUCGGAGGGGAAAACUGAAAAAGCUAAGGCGGAUCUUGCAAGACUUGCGAUUGUACGGAAAGAACGAGAGGAAAAAGCACGACAAAGGAAAGCUGAACAAGAAGCAAAAGAAACUGCAGCACAAGCACGCACAGAAAAAUUUCUAAAGCUUAACUAA